ACACGUAACCAGUUACAUCAAAGUCAAUCGCGGAAGUCCGUCCCAGCAAAGUGAAAAAUGUCAUAUGAAAGAUUCACAGGAGUGGCUUAUUGCAAAUCCUCGCAUCCUAUUGGACAUCCCGGCGAUCAUUUAUGAUGGAGAAUCCCUAUCCUGAAGCGCAGGCUGUGUGGUUUGGCUUCAAUAGGUUUCCACCCGAGAGUAUGGCGGUUGAAGACGCUGUGAGAUGUGGAUGCGGGGAUAUUUAAGGCAGAAUGGAUAAAAUAAUGGGUAAUUUGCGUAUUAUGUGCUAAAACGCACCGGCGUCUCCAAAUGACACCCUUUGCGUAACGCCUUGCGCCGCCGCCUUUACAGAAUGCAAGGCUUUAUUACAACCUAACAUGCACGCUUUCAUAAGAUUUUCAAAGCAGAUGUUGGGAAGCUACAACAAUAAGUUGUAAAUGCGCCGGUGGAUGUUGCGCCAUGAAGCUCUUUGUGCGCGUUUGUUAUUUAUCUCUCUGGUGAGCGUUUCGACACAGCCAGCCAUGGCUCAGUCUCUCCUUGACUUCUGCGAAAUUCAAUGCAAGUUUGCCGUUGCAUUUGGACGCUGGUAGCUGGUUCAGUCAAACGCGCGCAGUACGUCGGUUGCGGGUCGGUGCGCAAUGCGCGAGUAUAAGGUGGUGGUUCUCGGCAGCGGUGGGGUCGGGAAAUCCGCCCUCACGGUUCAGUUCGUAACCGGGACCUUCAUCGAGAAGUACGACCCGACCAUUGAGGACUUCUACCGCAAGGAGAUCGAGGUGGAUUCGUCCCCGUCCGUGUUGGAGAUCCUGGACACCGCUGGCACAGAGCAGUUCGCCUCUAUGCGGGAUCUUUACAUCAAGAACGGCCAAGGUUUCAUCCUGGUGUACAGUUUGGUCAACCAGCAGAGCUUCCAAGAUAUAAAACCCAUGCGAGAUCAGAUCAUCAGAGUAAAGAGGUAUGAACGCGUGCCGGUGAUAUUAGUGGGAAAUAAAGUGGACCUGGACAACGAGCGUGAGGUUUCGUCGAAUGAAGGCCAGGCUCUUGCUGAAGAAUGGGGCUGUCCUUUCAUGGAGACCUCAGCUAAGAGUAAGACCAUGGUGGAUGAACUGUUCUCAGAGAUCGUUCGACAGAUGGACUACGCUUCUCAGCCUGAUAAAGAAGACCCGUGCUGUUCCUCCUGCAAUAUACAAUAACCCACCGACUGGGGUGUGGAGUAGAUUUCAGCAUUAUACGUUGUCUUAUAUAUACUGUAUGAAGAAAACAGUGUUCAUGAACACACACACAUGUAGCUGUAGUAGUUGCAUUUCAGAUUUGCAUUUAGCAUCGAUUCUGCUGUCUGCAACUUUAUCAAAAGGUGAAAAGAAAAUGCAACAAAAAGAUGAAGAUUUCUUUUCAGACCUGUUUGCUUUUCUCUUACCGUUUAGUUUGCACAUACAGAACCUGAUGUCUUAAACUGCCAUUAGACUCUGAAACAGCCGCCAUGACCCAGAUUUGUUCUUCCAAACGGCCCGCUGUCAUGUAACCCACGGCGAAGAUGAAGUUUCCUCCGUUCACGAGUGGAUUGAUUUGUGUGCGGGUGACUUGUUUCAAUGACCGGACGCUUUACUGAUCUGCGUUUGAGGAAACCAAAUAGUUUGCAGGAAGGCACUUUGCUUUGUACUCUUGUGUUUCUUUUUAAUUUCAGCUGUGAUUUUUUUGAAAUCGCAGCUCAGUACAGAAUGUUGCAGAUAUUGAAUGGUGUAUUUUGAUAAUGUAGUAAAACAAUCAACUAAAGAUUUGCUUUAGGAUAAACUUUUCUUCAGCUGGGAGGAGGAAUUGUUUUGAAUCUCAUGAUCAUUGGCACUUUCCACAGAUGGGAUACAAACCGGUGUCUUUAUAAAGCAAUAAAUACACAAAGCCUAAAUCUUCUGUUUGAUAUUUCAUAUUUUUAUUUAAGUCCAAUUUCAUGUUUAUCUGUAUUUAGACCAAAUUUGUGUAACAGGGUUGCGUGAAUAUAAAAUCCACCCUGUUUUUGGAAAGUGCUUCUUCACAUCUGACUGUAUUUGUGUGAUUUUUAUUGAAUGGUAUUUUAAAACAGGAAUCUUCUGAAUGCUUUGAGCUUCAUAGUUGUACAAACACACAAGACGUAGUCACUUUUUAGCCAAAUGACAAGAAUAAUGAAUUGAUUUUAUUACAUCUUACUCAGGAGAGUUACAGGCCACCAAAUUUGUUUAUAAGUUUUUAUUGUUUUAUCCUUAAUCAUAUUUCUUAAUCUUAAUAUUUUCUUUGGUAUUACAACAGUUCUUACUCAAACCAUCAUGUCUGUGACUCUAUAGGUUCACGAUGAGUUCAUCCAGAAAUGUAUAAACAAAAUUGUAUAGGUAAAAAAAAUCAAGAUGGUUGUGUGUAGUUUAAAAACAGGCCAUCUUACAGUGUUGAAUUAGCAGAUAAUAUGCAUGGCUAAAAUCUUAUUGUGAAAAUGAAAUAGACACAAAACACAUGAAGACUCCUCUGGAUGAUCAUUUAUGGGUGAAUCUGCCUUGCCAUGCAGACCUUCGGUUUGCCUUUUUAACUUUCGUCAUCGAUCUUAUAUUUUUUUAAGUGAACAUUUACACUCUUCCUCACGGUAAAUGGUUUGUGGAUAUGGUUUCAUUUCGACACGACAAUAAAGAAUCUUAUUCACAAAU